UUUCCCAAGCGUUAUCAUAGUUUCGUUGCUAUCUCUCAGUUCGUGUCGAUGGGUGCUCCAUAUUGAGUUGUUUUCAGUGUUGACCUGUUAGGUGUAUUCUACUACAUAUUUAGCAAAAUAUUUGUUGAGUUCUUUGUCAAUUAUGAAGUUUUGGAUUUGGAUUAGUCACACAAUUGUUUUUGAUCUUGUUAUAUUUGAAUUAAAAUCAAAUGUAUGUAUCCAGUGGCUUCUAAUUAAAAAUUGAAUGUGAGGGACCAUAAGCAAGUAAACUCCUGGUGCUGAAGUGAGAGCCUUGAUGAUGGAGGGCCACAACUCUGAACAGAUGUGUCCUGUGUGCACACUGUACCUGCGACCAGGCAUGGCACUCUCUGAUCAUCUGUUUACACAUCCCAAAGACCAGGUGAUAGAGGCUCUGGUGCGCCAAGUUAAUAGUGGGGGUCAGAUGUUGAGCGGAACCGCCACCAUCAACACCAACAGUCAGUUCACUGCCAUCACAUACCGACAGUUUCAGACACUGACCACUAAUGUGCCGGAGCCCAGCAUCCCUAUGAUGCUCAACCCUUGCCUUGUCACACAACCCAAUAGUCCCUUCACAUCUGGAGUGAUCAGAUCUUCAGUGCCGCUCCUCUCGUACCCUUACUAUCCACAACACUCACAGGAGCAGGAGCGAGUGGUAGAAAACAACACUCAGUGUUCAUAUUCAUUUGCUACCCAAACGACACAGACGACUCAGACAAAUUUACCCUUUGUGACACAACAUUCACCUUUCAACGAAGCGGAGUGCGAGGAAGUGCAAGAGAUUGAUAAUUCAACUGAAAACUAUCAGCCUACUGAAGAUCCUUUUCUGAACGAAAGAAUAGAAGAUAGAAUCGACCCUCCAAAAGAUGAAUUUGGUAGUACAAACUUAUCUAAUAUUCAAGAGUCUAGAGAAGAAAUAUUUGUAAACAAAAUCAGUGAUGUUCACAAAUCCAGUGAAGAUUCACUUAUUGAAACUAUUCAUAAUCAGACAGAAGAUCCUUUUAAUGAUGAAAACAUAGAAGAUAUUCAAGAAACUACAAUUGAUCCAUUUGUUGAUAACAGAAUAGUAAUUGAAAAAGAAAAACAGCUUGAUAGAAGAGGGAAUGGUUCAACUCAAGUAAAACAUAUAGAUGAUAAUUUAAUAGAAACCUCUCACAAUUUAGGAACAGUAAUAUCCAAUACCCACCGUUUGAUAGCCAACGAUCCAUCGUUAGAUUAUGACCAGGAUCUGCAACCCGAUGACAUGGACUAUAAUGACCAUGCUUAUGGCAACCUCAGUCCUAAUAACAAUUUAGGGUCCCCAGUUUCUGAUGUCAGCAACUGGAGUGCAAGUUCAAAUAUCAGGGUCAGGAGAGACCUCAGCAACUUGGAUGAACAAGGGAAUAAUCACAUCCUUUAUGUACAACCCAAUUCUAAUGCUGCAGAAUACGUAACAUCCGACCCAUAUGAUGACGGGAUGGAGCAUCAUACAUCAGAUGCUCAGCUGACUAACUUGGAUGAGAUGAAUUAUUCGGUGGUAUUAAACUAUGGGGAUGGUCACCAACGAGUCAGUUUGAAUAUGGAAGAUAAGGAAGACAACUCUGUGCAUAGUACCCCUCUUAACAUUCACAGUGAUGAGCUGAUGCCUCCCAGAGGUGAACUGUCUGGUCAAGAGAGUCUCGGAGCUACAGAAAACUCAGUUUGGGAGAUACAGGAUCAUGGAGAAACGUCGUAUCCUCUUCUGGAAAAGGAGCGCUGGCAGAUGAUGAGUUCUGUACAACAGGAAGAAUUGAGUGAGAGCUAUUCGAGUGAGGUAGUCUUGGCUGAACGUAACCACAGAGUGCAGUGUAUGGAGUGUGAUAUGAAGUUCACUUGUAUCAGGGAACGGAGGAUUCAUGUUCAAACAGUACACAAGACACCUUCUCACACACAAGUGAAAGUGGAGGAAGAGAUACAGAACCGAGCGAACCGGUACAACAAACUGGGGAAGGCUCAGAUAAUCAAAGUCAAGCAAGAGAGAGGGCUCAACAUCAAGACGGAAGCCACUGUCAAGACUUGUGCUGACUGUGGUCUCGAGUUGCAGUCCUUGAAGCAGUUGCGAAUACACAGGAAGGAAUUCCAUGAAAUGAAGAGGAAGUGUGAUACUUGUGGAGCUGUGUUUAUAGACAAUAUGUCGUACAAGGAGCACAUUGCCAAUGUGCAUCCAAUAGAGUGCAAUGUGUGUGGUAAGCUUUUCCCCACCAAAGUGGCAGCAAAUGCUCACGCCAAAAAUCAUUUGAAAUAUAAACCUUAUCAGUGUACUUUGUGUGAUAAAUCUUUUAUUUCGCGAAACAAACUUAGCGAUCACAGUAACGUUCACUCAGGUGAAACUCCUUAUAAGUGUCCAAUGUGUGAUCAGACUUUUAGGCAUAACUCUAAUUUGAUCCAACACAAAAAGUUUUUCCAUCUCAAAAUCAAGAAAAAAAUUAAAGAUUACUUUUGCCACUGUGGUGAAAUCUUUCAUUCAAUCAAAAAACUACAAUGGCACAAAGAAAUUCAUGAUAGCAAACCAAAACAGUGCAUGUAUUGCAGUGAACGAUAUAUUCACACCACCAGUCUGACAAGACAUAUACGACAUGCGCACGACAGUACGUAUCUGCCAAAGGCCACACGAUCUCUCAACGUGCUCUGUCCCGUUUGUAAAAUAACUUGUAUCCGAUCCUCAUUGGCGCAGCACAUGAAAAUUCAUACCGGCGACAAGCCCUUCACUUGUAAUGUAUGCUCUAAGGAGUUUAACACAAAUUGGAAUCUACAAAUGCACAAGUGGACUCAUGCGUCACGUAACAGUAAACCAUUCAAGUGCAAGCAGUGCAAGUGCGCAUUCUACAUGCAGAGCAGUUACCAGGCACAUCUCCGGUCACAUCGGAACAUCCGGCCGUACACGUGCAACUACUGUGGACAACAGUUUAUCCGCAAGUACAACUGUGUGCGACAUGUCAAGGAGCAUGAGAUGAACAAGUCCUACUGUUGUGCUGUUUGUAACAAGACGUUCCACCGUAGUUAUUAUUUGACAGAACAUAUGAGAACUCACACCGGUGUUAAACCGUACACGUGUCAUAUAUGUUCAAAAACAUCCAGCACCAAAUCUAACCAUAAUAAACACGUAAGGACUCACCAUGCUCGUGAACCUGUCAAUACUGAAGGUGCACUGGUUGACACAUACAUCAAGGGUUCUUUUUUCCGUUAAAGCAAUGCUUCAAUAACUCUUCAUGUGAAAGGACUUUGUAGAUGGACUUGAUAGCAACUGGUUCAGAGAUUUGGUAUGUUAUGGCUAUCAUGGGCGAUUGCUUUAUUGAAUGUGCACCAUCUAAAUGAGCCAAUUAAUAAAAGGUGACCCUCACAGCAGCAUGAAAAAAACAAUCUCAACCAAUUUUUUUAUAUUGUUACCACACAAUGACCUAAAAUAACUAUAUAAUAGAAAUAUGUAUUUAAAAUCAAGAAAAAAGAAUAUUUUGGGUAAAGGAAAAAAUGAAAUUUUUGACCAAAACUAUUGACUACCCUGUAACAAAAUUGCAAAUUUUCUUGUGAGAAUUUGUAGGUCAUUUGGUUUGUACCUACAUUCUUAUUUUAUUUCCUUAAAAGUGGCAGAGUUUAUUUAAAAGAAUAAGUGAAGAGGUCUUUGCUGUUCCUCCCCAUUUAAAUUAUUACUAAGAGGCACAGUUCCCAGGAUUAAUUUUUUAGUGCAAAAAAAAUACAUAUAUGUGGACACUAAAUAGAUUUUUAAUCUGUUAUUAAUGUCUCUUUAUUUUAUCUGAUGUUAAAAAUAGACUAACCUUGAAUCUGGCUUUGAAGUUCCUGUAAUGUCAGGCACUAUUUUGCUAAUUGUACUAAUCACCAUUCAAACAAGCUAUGUAGAAUGUUUAUUAUUGAAGAAGUAAAGUAUAUACUAGCCUAUAUUUUCUUUUUUAGUACAUUGCAAGGAACAUUUAUAUGCAGUUGGAUCUAUUUUUGUAUCCCCAAAAUUGUUUUAUGUAAAACAAAAAAUAUUCCACUUUUUGAAAAUGAUUUAAAUAUUUUUAUUUAGAUAGUAAAAUUUUUUGGGUUCACAAAAAUCCACAUAUAUUCACAUUUAAAAAUUCUUCAACACUUCCAAUAUGCUUAUUAUAUUUUUAAACUUUCACUAUUAUAUACUACUUGAUAGCAAAUUUCGUGAUGAAUAGUUUAAUGUUACUAGAUACAAUCACAAGUCUAUAAUAAAAUUUUUUUUAAUACUAAUACCUAGUCAAAACUAGUUGUUUGACAUUACAAAAAUGCUGUUAACCAUGUUUGCAAUGGAUGUCUUUCUUCAGAUAAUAGAGUAACAAAAAGAUGUUUGAAGAAAAUGGUCUUGUUGAGGAAGAAAUUUUGAAUGCAGUGGUGUAGCAUAAAUUUUUCCCAAAUGGAACUUUCUGCAUAAAAAGUAGGAGAAAAAGUCCCGUUAUUUUUUGUAUUCUGUGGACGUGGGUGAGCAGAAAGGGCAAACAAACGUUUUUUGUUGCCAACUUUAUAAAUUCACUGAAUAUUUAUUAAGCAUUAUGAUUUAAUAUCAAAUACAACAAAUUAAACUGUAAAACAUUCCAAUUAAUUAAUCUGGUGUAUAAUUUGUCCUUCCUAAAGCUGAUUUUCAAUAGCAAAAGUUUGAUUUAAAAGAUGACUGUAAAAACGACUAGUCAUUUGACAGAUCCAGGGUUAAGGAAUUACAAAUUUUUAAUAGAUUAUAAACAUAUACUAAUGUCAGAAAUACAAUUCAAUGAUGAUUACUUUUUUUAAAAUUAAGUAAUAUAUUUUAAUAAGAAGCUGGUAGAGUGUGUAUACUAAUGUGUUGAUUUUUAAGUAAGUGGUUUCAGUUAUUUAAGAAAACAUCCCAGAAGUGUUCACAAAAGUAUGCUUAGUUAAAAUGUAUUAUUGAACAUCUUUAGAAAAAUAUAUUUCAUUUUAAAAAGUUAUACAAGGUAUAAAUAAUACAGGUAGAUGCCAGUCCUGUUGAAACCAAUGUGAAAGAAAAUGGACACACAGUAUUAGCUCAUUCAAGUCAUAGUAUCCUAUCGGCCAGGAUAUACCUUGCCAUGAUUCUCAAGAAGUCUCAUCUGGUUAGGUGUUACAAAAGGUACAUCCCAAAAGGUCAAGUUCAAAAAGGUUAGUUUUAUAAUGAAAAUCCCAUAUAGCACAUAAAAAACUAAACCAUUCACACGGCAGCAUUACGGUUAUAACAUUGAUUGAUUAUAACAAUAUAUAUGCUCAGUUUCAUGGCCACAAGUUUUCUCAGUUCAAAGGUCAAUUUAUAUUAAAAAUGCAGCAACACAUAAAUGUUAUUAUGACAUAUUUUAUGUAUUACUAAUUACUGUUAAUUAAUUUUUGUAGAAAAAUAUCAUCCUGGUUAUAAUCAUGUUGAUUAAAAAUUGAAAAUGUGUACUUUUUUCAUUGUAUUUUCUAAUGUUGUUACUGGAAAUUUUUACCAUAUAAAAUCAUAAAAUGGAAAUUUCUGUCAAUAACCAAAAUUGCAUGGUUGUCAUCCCAUCAAGAGAUUUGAGCUAACAUAGUAUAUUACCCAUAGUAAAACAACUAGUCAUUAAUAGAUAAGUAUUUAUUCUGUUGGAAACAUUUGUAAUACGUAAUAGUUCAAUCCUUUUCACCUUAGGCCUUGAGUUUUUAUUUAUGUUAUUAAUUAUUAUAAGUUUUUAGUUUUAAUUUCUCUUGUUGAACAAGCCAUAAAAUUAAUAUGGAUUUACUGUACAUAAUUGUAAAAUUAGUAACAUUAUGGAACUUAAAAUCAUACAGAAGUGUAUUUAUUUCACAAUGUGAUCCAGCUUUACUAUAUUUAUUAAAUGGUAACUGUUCCAUGUGCAGGAUUUAUAUUCGUACUAUUAAGUGUAAUAAACCAACCUCUUUAUUAUAAA